UUUCAUAGAAAUAAUCUACCCGUUUAAAAAAUAUAUCGAUCGAGUAAAAUCUACGCAAUUUUAUUCCUGGUUUUAAUUUUUAAUAACUUGUAUAAAUUCGAGAAUGAAGUUCAAUAUUGCAAAUUAAAAAAAAAAAUAUCGAUAAACUAUCGAUUACAGUGUAAGCUUAUCUCAUUGUAAUUCAUACAAAGGUGCUUUCAUUUAUCAGUAGUACGAUUUCUAAAGAUUGUUGAACGAGGUCGUACUUAACCUUAUAAAUAUGUUCUGAAAUGUCAAAUUUAAAAAUUAUGUUUGUGGUAAUGCAAUAAAUGCGCCCACAGAAAGUUGACAUUCGAGCCAUAAUAAGGCUGUGUAGGAUUAGAAGCAGUUAGUGUGGAAGAAAGGUCAAUUGACAAAUAAGUACACGCGAGUGAUUAAGCAUUCAUCCCAACAAAAAUGACGGUUAUGGAUUUUUUCGGUUGUGCUUCCUUGGCUUUUGGGCCUCCAUUAGCCAUGUUCGCAUUUACUAUAGCUAAUGAUCCAAUAAAAAUUAUUAUACUAAUUGCCAGUGCUUUUUUCUGGCUUAUUUCUUUACUUUUAUCAUCCGUGCUUUGGUAUACUAUUCCAUUUCAAAAUCAUUUAAUGUUUGGAUUACUAUAUUCCGUAUUACUCCAAGAAGCUUUCAGGUAUCUUUUAUACUGGGUAUUACGAAAAGCUGAAAAAGGUUUAGAAAAAGUAACUACAACUGAAGUAGUUAACGGCAGACAUGUAUUUGCAUAUGUUUGUGGCCUAGGCUUCGGUUUCAUGAGUGGAGCUUUUGCUCUGGUCAAUGUGUUAGCAGACGCAGUUGGUCCUGGAACCAUGGGUCUCAAACACGGUACAGAAUACUUCUUCAUCAUAUCAGCAUCCACCACAUUAUGCUUCAUUUUACUGCAUACAUUCUGGGGUAUUAUAUUUUUUGCUGCUCUUGAUAAACGGAACUGGGGACAAAUUAUAUGGGUCAUAGGAUCACAUUUGUCCGUCUCCUUCAUGACCCUAUUAAACAUAGAACAGUUAUUUGCGAUCAGUCUCUCUUUUGGUUACACUAUUUUAAUUAUUAAUGCGAUUCUUGCCUUUAAGGUCGCUGGUGGGAAAAUAGUGAAUAUAACUCAGUGUUUUAUAAGAAAUUAAGAGCUUAUAUAAUGAGUACAUGUUUAAUAAUAUAUAGAUGUAAAAACAAAAUAUUUCAUUUUUUAUAAAAAUAAAAGUCUGGACAUGAUUUGAUUUCUUAAUAAAUAACUUACAAAAGGACUGUUUACAAAAAUAUUAUACAAGAUAAUAAAAUGAUAUUCUUUCUUAAUACUUAACAUAAGUAUAAAUCAACGAGAGGAUUGAAUAUGGAGUAAAAGUUAACUCUACGAUCUUUAGUUAUUUAUUAGACGUCUACUUUAAAAAAGAAUUAAAGAUAAGAGCAUUGAGAACCACAGCUAUAUUAUAAAUACAUUAAUUCAUUAAAUUCUUUGAAGAUUUGAAACUGUAAGAACUAUUUUAGGUAAUCUGAUUUAUUUUAUUUGGUACGCUCUAGCAUUAAGUUUUUUGAUAAAAUUGCUAGUCCGUCCCUUGAUCCAUUAAAACAAAUGAUAAUAGCGUAGUUAUUGUUCAAACUGCAGUAAAGCAAAGACAAUGUUUUAAUUUAAAAUUUAGUGAUAUAAUAUAGUGCAUAGCAUAUUCAUUCAAGAAAACUAAAUGUAAUAUCUCUCUAUGCGAUUGUAUGUAUGUAUGUAUGUGUGUAUGUAUGCAUGUAUGUAUGUGUAUCUAAUUAUAUGAUAUAAUGAUACAGAUUAUUUUAUGCAAAAGUUUGAAAACAAACUAUUGCUUGAAUAUAAUAUACAAAAGACGCGAUAAGUAAGGAAUUGUUUAUUGAUUUUAUAUAUAAGAUAAUUUGUUAAAAAUACAAUUUAGAUAAUUAUUGGAUCAUGUUCUAUCUCGCACCUUAUUUCAUUAACACAAUGUCAUUUCAUAGUAGUUUAUUAAUCCAUUCAUAUUACAUUUCGUAUAAUUAUGUAAUUCAAAUAAAAACCAUUUUUGUACAAU